GAGUUGCCGGUACCUGCCGUCCUCGCAGGGAAAAGCAGCCUUCGAGCGCCUUGGGACUAUAAUUGGGACUAUAAUAAGACGCACUUGUGUGGUGUGAGAUGACACUACGGGCAGCGCCCCGGGCGAUAGAGGGUUUAUGAUGAUAACGAGGCCCAUAAUUUGCAAGUUCUGGACUUGUUUAUGGAGAUAAUCUAACGGGAAUAAACAUCCUCAUCUGGUCGCUAUGUUACCACCGCCUGAAACAGGUAGCCCGCAGGAAAGCCACCACAAGCAUACCACAGCACAGUUCUUUAACCAGAGCCACCACUCAGUGAUCGACGUCCUUCAUUAUGAAACGAUAUUCACCCUUCAAGAGCGACGUCACGGCGCAGUUAUCAUCCACACGUUCAUCUGCUUGUACUGCUUUGUGGCGCUCGCCAUUCUAUGCGAUAACUACUUCUGCGCUUCGCUAGAAAAGCUCUGUAAGAGGUUACGUAUCCCGACGGACGUUGCAGGCGCAACCUUCAUGGCAGCCGGCAGUUCUAUGCCGACCUUGUUCAUUGCCAUCGCUUCCGUUUUCAUGGGAGAAGGAGACAUCGGCCUCGGUACCAUUAUCGGCUCAUCAAUGUUCAACAUUCUCUUUAUCACAGCCAUCUGUGGCUUAUUUUCUGGAAUGGUUAUCUCACUACACACGUGGCCAAUAGUGCGGGAUUCCUGUGUAUAUGUGGUGAACCUGGUGGGGCUACUAAUAGUGAUUCACGAUAACGUUAUUCAUUUCUACGAGGCUCUGAUUUUUCCGGUUUUGUACACCGGGUAUAUUUUGAUCAUGGUGUUUAAUACGCGUCUAGAAAAUGCAUUUGAAUCGGCGUUUGAGACAUGCUGCGAUAUUAAUAAGGGGAUGGAGAUGGUUGAGAUGGAGGACCCCCUGGAAGUGUUCGACAUUGAUGUGGAAAGAGACACGAGUCAGGGUGAUGACAGGGGGGAGCAGGUGUCCAAAGAUAUCACUGGUGACGGAGGGGUUAAGGCUGAUUCUGAAAGCAUAACAUUGAUGGAUGAGGUUUUGAGUGAUAGGUCGGUAUUGAAUGAAAGUGAACGGGAAGGGAAAAUUGAACCCGAUAAUGAACAAAUUGACCGUAAUGAUAUAACAAAUCGUGGUCACAAUGAAGGAAAUAAACGAAAGGGACAUAACGAACGUAGGAAAGAAACCGAACCAAAGGAGUCUGAAAAGCGAAAUAAAUUAACUGAACUUGACGGAGCAACACACAAUAAGCAAAACGAGGAUAAAAUAGACGAAAAAAAUGAAAACGAGCAUAAUAAACUUAAUGAACAUUGCGAGGGAGAUUCACACAAUGAGGGUAAAAUGGACAAAGAAAAUGAACGAAUUGAGCAAAAGGAGGAUGCUACAAAGAGCGGUGCCAGUGGUUCACAUCAGAAUACACCGUCUCAUAUUCACGGGUUCAAGCCCUCUUGUCCAUUCACACCCCCUUCUACUUUUUCCAAGCGAAUAGUCUGGAUUUUCAUGCUACCAGUCCAUCUCGCCUUCUACGUCACAAUGCCAGAUUGCCGAGUCAAGAAAUGGGAGGCGUGGUACCCAGCAACCUUCGCGCUAUCAAUCAUUUGGAUGGCUGCGCUGUCAUACGUGCUGGUCUGGACAGUGUCAAUCAUCGGCGAGACCUUCAGCAUCCCCGAGUACAUCAUGGGACUUACUUUACUAGCCGCCGGAUCCAGUGUCCCGGAUGUUAUGUCCAGUCUCAUCGUGGCCAAACAUGGUAUGGGAGACAUGGCGUUAGCCAAUUGCAUCGGUAGCAACAUAUUUGACGUCCUAUGCCUAGGCCUACCGUGGCUUUUAGCAACGACCGCUGUCCACCCGAACAGUGUUGUGCUUAUUCAUAGUGGGCACAUUGUAUAUGUGUCUAUGUGUUUGUUUGGUACGGUGCUAACUAUCGUCUCGGCAAUACAUCUUAACGGUUGGCGUCUCGACAGACGCUUGGGUGUUAUACUUUUUAUCGCUUACGCCUUCUUUUUGACAUCGGCGGUGAUUCUUGAGGCGAUACCGGGUAGGCCUGCGGGCCAGGGCAUGGAGAGUAAACUUAUACCACACCACCCGAAUCGCUUACCGCGUAAGAGACUGGGGCAUAAACAUAAGGCAGGAACAAAGGUAUAGCGUGACGUCACGCGUUACCGGGCGGGCCUGGGCAUGGAGGGUAAACUUAUUCCUCACCACCCGAAUCACUUACCGCGCAAGGGACUGGGGCAUAAACAUAAGGCAGGAACAAAGGUAUAGCGUGACGUCACGCGUUACCGGGCGGGCCAGGGCAUGGAGAGUAAACUUAUACCACACCACCCGAAUCGCUUACCGCGUAAGGGACUGGGGCAUAAACGCAAGAUAGGCACAAAGGUAUAGCUUGACGUCACGCGUUGCCGGGCGGGCCUUGGCAUACUUUAAAGAAAACGUGUUCUACCCCGUCAUGCCCUAUUUUUUUCCUAUUGUUCUUUGCGAUAUGGAAAAAUCCACGAUGUAACUCGCGCUGAAUUUCCAUUGCGAAAAAAUAAAAACACGGUGAACAUUAGAAA